UUCAGAGUGGGGCCAAAACCGUAACGCUGAUGGCUGCGGCCGACCGCAAGCAUCAAUUAAUCUUCCAACUAUUGCAAGUUGAACUAAAUAUCUAGUUAAAACCAUUUAUAAAUACUAAAGAAAAUAUAAAUAUGCCUGCCGAUUCUAAUGUUAUAGUAGCGGGGGAAGCGAUUGAAGAAAGCCUGUUUCAAAGUCUCCCAGAGAGAUCGAAACAUGAGGAAUUUAUACGAAGGGCUGUUGAUUUGUUGGUCGAGAGAGUGGUGUUCGGAAGAUCUCAGAGAUCGGCUAAGGUGGUGGAAUGGGCAGCUCCGAAUGAAAUAAGAAGCGUUAUUGAUUUGAAGCCAAGGGAAGGGCCUAUAUCACAUGAUGAACUUUUAGCCAUCAUGGCUGAUGUCGCACGUUACUCUGUCAAUACUGGUCAUCCUUACUUCGUGAACCAGUUGUUCUCUACGGUGGACCCGUACGGUCUGAUUGGACAAUGGUUGACUGAUGCUUUGAACCCGAGCGUUUAUACUUACGAAGUGGCUCCUGUGUUCACUUUAAUGGAGGAAGAAGUCCUGAGGGAAAUGAGGGCUAUCGUUGGGUGGAAGGAUGGUGAUGGCGACGGUAUAUUCUGUCCUGGAGGAUCGAUAUCCAAUGGUUAUGCGAUCAGCUGCGCCAGACAUCAUUUUUAUCCAGAUGUCAAGACUAAAGGAGUGUAUGCUGUACCGAAGUUAGUACUCUUUACGUCGGAACUAGCACAUUAUUCGACUAAAAAAAUGGCUUCCUUCAUGGGAAUCGGUAGCGACAAUUGUAUCAUGAUAAAAACAGACGAUUUGGGUAAAAUGGAUGUUAAGGAUUUGGAAAUCAAGAUUUCUGAAGCAAUAAAUGCGGGAUCUACUCCUUUUAUGGUAACUGCGACUGCGGGUACUACUGUUUUUGGGGCUUUUGAUCCGUUGUUACCGAUAUCUGGUCUAUGCAAGAAGUAUAAUCUGUGGCUACAUGUUGACGCGGCUUGGGGCGGCGGCGCUUUGAUGUCGAAGAAACAUAGACAUCUUCUUAACGGAAUAGAGAUAGCCGACUCCGUUACAUGGAAUCCUCACAAGCUGCUCGCAGCUCCGCAGCAAUGUUCAACAUUCCUGGUGAAACACAAAAAUGUCUUAAAGGAAGGCCAUUCAUCCAACGCGAAGUAUCUCUUCCAGAAGGAUAAAUUCUACGACACGUCGUACGAUACUGGUGACAAACACAUCCAGUGCGGUCGACGCGCUGAUGUCCUCAAAUUUUGGUUCAUGUGGAAAGCAAAAGGUAGCGACGGUUUCGAGAAGCAUAUUGACAAACUAUUCGAUAACGCUAAAUAUUUCUUGGAGCACAUCAAACAAAGAGCUGGCUUCAAACUCGUACUCGAGAACCCCGAAUGCACUAAUAUUAUGUUUUGGUAUGUGCCAAAAUGUCUACGAGGUUGCGAGAAUGAUUCAAAUUACAAAGAAAGGCUCCAUAAGGUCGCCCCCAAUAUUAAGGAACGAAUGAUAAAAGAAGGAAGUAUGAUGGUCACGUAUCAGCCGCAAGGCAACCUCGUUAACUUUUUCCGUAUUGUCUUUCAAAAUUCAGCUCUAGAUCACAAAGAUAUGGUCUAUUUUGCUAAUGAAUUCGAAAGGCUCGGAUCGGAUAUUGUUGUAUAGAUUCAAAUUAAAAUUAAUUUAUUUGACAACAUUUUAUUAGAUAAUUAUGUACAAAACAUUUGACCAUGUAAUCUGUGAUUUAAUUUACGAUAUAGCUGUAUUACAUUAAAUCGAUAUUGUAGUGAAUGUUAGUAAUUAUAUUUAUAAAUAAAGUUAAAUAAAAGCUA